AUGGCAUUGCACGUGAGCUCCAGCCGGACGGGUACCCGUGUGCCCUUUGGCGAUGCCACGUCUCGAGCCAACACUCCGAACGCACCGCAACCUGCCCCGACCAGCAAGCAUGCUGCCGCCGCAUAUGUUGGGAACUCGGACGCUACGGUGGCCAUGAAGCUGUCAGCAUCCGUGUCUGCUGCCGCCCCCAGCCCGCCAUCUGUCGAUAGACAGCAGCGGAAACUUGACCAGUACUACCAAGAAUACCAGCAGGAAUACGAAGAAGCGUACCGGCAGCAGGCUGCUUACCAACAUGCUCAACAACAAGCCUACGAGCAGCAGCAACGGCAGCGCCAUCACCAGCAAGACGCUGACCACGACAUGACCGAUGCGCCGCCACUGGACCUUGCCGAGGCCAGCAAGCGGCACUCAGCUACAUCUGGGGACUCGCGGCAUACAGCUGACUCCAAGCGCGCAUCACAGUACUCUUCCUGCGACGGAUUCCCAAAUAAGAAGUCCCAUAUCGGCCCCUGGCAGCUCGGCAAGACGCUGGGCAAGGGUUCUUCUGCGCGCGUGCGGGCUGCCCGCCAUUGCACGACGCACCAGCCUGUGGCUGUCAAAAUCAUCGCCAAGAAAACUGCUCGCAUGACCCAGUCUGGCAGCAUUGCCCAGCUCGACCAAUUCGACAGCAACCUGCCGGAGAACAUUAACGGCGUUCGUCGUAUGCCGCUUGCUAUUGAACGCGAGGUGGCUAUUCUCAAGCUGAUUGAGCAUCCUAAUAUUGUGAAGCUCUACGACAUCUGGGAGAACCGCAAUGAGAUCUACUUAAUUCUCGAAUACGUCGAGAAUGGCGAUCUUUUCACAUACGUUAGUCAGAAUGGUGCUAUGACCGAAGAGGUUUCUAUCUUUGUAUUCCGGCAGAUGAUGAGUGCCGUGCAGUACUGUCACGCAUAUAACAUCUGCCACCGCGACCUGAAGCCAGAAAACAUUCUCUUAAAGGCGGAUGGCCAAAUCAAGAUCGCCGACUUCGGCAUGGCUGCUUUGCACCAAGGACCACGAUAUCAGCUACAGACGUCAUGUGGCAGCCCUCAUUACGCUGCUCCGGAGCUUCUCAAGGCCCGCCCCUACCGUGGAGACAAGGCAGACAUUUGGAGUAUGGGCGUGAUUCUCUUUGUUAUGCUCGCCGGCAGACUACCAUUUGAUGAGGAUGAUAUGGGCCUGAUGCUGGCCAAAGCUAAGAAGGGCAUUUACACAAUGCCCGGCGCUUUCAGCCCGGAUGCAAAAGACCUUGUCCAUCGUAUCCUCCAGAUCGAGCCGGAGGUCCGCAUUUCCAUGAACAAAAUGUGGCAGCAUCCUCUUAUAUGGAAAUAUGGCUACUUGGACGACCUUGGCAGCAGUGGCACUGAUGGUCAAGGCCAGGGCGGCCGAGGCACGGAAGUUACACCGCUCGAUCUGGCAAGCAUUGACACACAGAUCUUCCGCCAGCUUCGCUCCAUGUGGCAUACAUUGCGGGAGGAUGACCUGGCUGCCAAACUUGUUAGCAAUGAGCCCAAUGACCAAAAACUGUUCUACUGGCUGCUGCAUGGCUACCGAGAACGGCAGCAAGAAGAUUACAACCCGACACUCACACACUCCGUCAGCGACUAUCACCAUGUCAAUCAAGUCUACUCGAAGAAGGUGUCAACUCGAAAGUUCUCUCAGUCAAAUGCCGCGGGCCACAAGCGGAGCGUGUCGCGGUUUACUGUCAUUUCCAACGUUGCGGAAACAGAGGCCGGUACCGAAGCUGGAACCGUCAAGUCUUACGACCCGUAUAAGUCUUCGAUUGUCAUGGAGCCCAGCGACGCGCGAGCAAGUCAUGCGAAGAUUGUCGUGCACCGCAACAAUCCAAACGUCGAGGCCGAGGUUCGCUCUAUGGUCCAAGCAGAAGCCAUGAAGGCAAAGGCGAGUGGAGCGGCAACGAAGAAAAAGGUCUAUAUUCAACAACGCCGUGGGUCAGCGGCUUACUUGAAAGCGCCGCGCGGUUCAAUGAGCUCCAUUCGCAGCACACGGAGCAUGCGCAGCAUGAACGGAAAACAGGGCGUUCGCCCUACAUCAAGGCAUAAACGCGGCGUGGAUUUUUCCAAAGCACGCAAGCCAUCCGCUCAGGAAGCUGACCCCGACACGGAACCGCUCAUGAGCGGCGCUAAUGGUGUUUCGCAACCCAGGGACACGACGCCGGUAUGGAACGAGGACCUUACGGAUUUCAGCUGCAGGAUUGCCAAGGACCUAGAUGAUGCUUUCAUGAGCUCGCUUUUGGUUGUCGAUUCUUCCGAGAGGGAUGAAAGUAGGGACUCACCGUUUUCUCUUCGACUAAGUAGUCCUGAGCUGACCGUGCCUCCUGAAUCGGCAGCGCAAGCUUCACAGUCGAACAAGCACAAGCCAUGGCACUCCAGACCACUGCCUCCUUCGCCGCCGCGUUCCGAAUCUGUGAAGCGGGAAAUUAUGCGUGCUAAGGAAGGUCAAAACCAAAAGAGACCGAAGACGGCCACCGGGCCGAAAGAAGCACGAAUCGACUCUGCUGCAAUUGGUGUUGCGACAUCCUCGAACACCAAGUUACAGGCGCGUAUUGUGAACGUUCCACCUCUUUCUCACGGCUCUGAUGACCGUCGCAUUGUCUCGGCGCCCGUCUAUUCGCAGUCUGGAAAGACAGGCGUGGUUCCGUUGCCGUCUAUCUACGAGACCAAGCACGAGAACUGGCCAUUGGCAGAUAAAGACAAGCCGCGCGCAUCUUCUGCACCGUCGAAGAAGAACACAGUGCAUAAGGCACAGGACAUCGUGGAACUGGCUCACCUUGCGCAGGCUGAGAACACCAUCCGACUCGUAGUCUCGCCUACGACUACUCGGUCCAACGCACCUAUCACAACACCGAGACCUCUCAGUCUUCCCAAACAGGUCAGCCGUGCUGAGACUACUAAAGCGCGUCCUGUCUCUGACCCGCAGGAGAAGACGCAUCAACGCUCCUUGGAGAACGGGAAGCAACCCUCGUCUAUGGAACAGCAAUCGUCACGUCAACAGCAACGACCGCAGAGUCGCCAGGACAAGACAAUCAAGUACCGGCCUGAACCAAUUACAGAGACGAUUGUGGAAGAAACCAGUAUCUCGAACCACGGCUCCAUGAGCGGGGGAAGCGAUCGAAGCUCAAUACUUCCCACGAGACUAUCGUGGUUCAAGCGCCAGUCCAAGACCGACAUACGCAACAACACAGUAGAGUCGUCUGAGCGCCGUGUUACACAGAUUUCGCGCCACACCGAAGCACCAACAAUCGUAUCGGCAGCUGAAGCACCCCCGUACGCUCUCUCUAGGAAGAAGAGCUUUAUUUUCCCGUUCUGGAAGACGUCCUCCAAGAGCGACACGAAGCUGUCUGUGGCAGACGGGGACAGUCAAUUUGAAAUGGAGGGGGCGCUGCAGCGGCCCCAUCAGUCGCGCAUGAAUAGUGGGAACAGUCGGACCAGCAGGACGAGCAGGAACAGCGGAAACGGCAGCCAACGGAGUAAGAAUUCGAACAACAGCCGGUCAGGUCGCAAUAGCUGGAACGACCACGACGACGAGCCUAAUGCGCGCAAGAUCGAGCCUCAGCAAAACUGGCUAUCGCGCCUUUUCCGUGUGAAGCCUGCGACGCGGCAUCUGUGCCUGGGGCUGUCGCAACGCCGUGCACGCCAGGAAGUUGUCAUGCUCCUACGGGACUGGCGUCGUUAUGGUAUCCGGGAUAUCGAAGUCGACAAGGAGCGCAACAUCGUGUUUGCUAAGGUUGGCGCUGGCAACUACCUCGGCAUCCGAGAAGUGGCUUUUGCCUGCGAGAUCAUUACUGUGAUUGAGCAUGGAAAGCGAAACCACCUUUCUAUUCUUCGCCUGACACAGGAAAAGGGCUCCGCCAACAGCUUCCACAAAGUGGCGGACACGAUAAAGGGCGUUAUGCGAGAGCGUCACCUUGUUGUUCCCGACAAGCGUAAGGCCAAGAUGAUGGUCAAAACGCUGAAUUCUUAG